GGCGCGGCGCGUGCGAUCGCUCGGAGCGCUGGCACCGUCGUCCGCCCUGCCUGCCGUGCAGACGAGCUGUGUGCUCUUCAAGAUGACCGAGGUGGAGGGCUGGGGACGGACCGCCUUGCAGCCCUGAACGCCUGCCGCCUCCCUGUUUAAACAACAUCAGCAACAGAAACCACAGACAUACACUUUCGGGAAAUGGCCUCUAAAUCUUGGCUGAAUCUUUUAACCUUCCUCUGUGGAUCAGCAAUAGGAUUUUUUUUAUGUUCUCAGCUAUUUAGUAUUUUGUUGGGAGAACAGGGAGAUACCCAGCCUCAUAUUCUUCAUAAUGAUCCUCAUGCAAGACAUUCAGAGGAUAAUGGACAGAAUCAACUAGAAGGACAAAUGAACUUCAAUGCAGAUUCUAGCCAACAUAAAGAUGAGAACACAGACGUCGCUGAAAACCUGUACCAGAAAGUUAGAAUUCUGUGUUGGGUUAUGACGGGCCCUCAAAAUCUAGAGAAAAAGGCCAAACAUGUCAAAGCUACAUGGGCCCAGCGUUGUAAUAAAGUGCUGUUCAUGAGUUCCGAGGAAAACAAAGACUUCCCUACUGUGGGAUUAAAAACCAAAGAAGGUAGAGAUCAGCUGUACUGGAAAACAAUUAAAGCUUUUCAGUAUGUUCAUGACCAUUAUUUAGAAGAUGCGGACUGGUUUAUGAAAGCAGAUGACGAUACAUAUGUCGUCCUAGACAAUUUGAGAUGGCUUCUUUCCAAACAUAGCCCCGAAGAACCCAUUUAUUUUGGGAGAAGAUUUAAGCCCUAUGUAAAGCAGGGUUACAUGAGUGGAGGAGCAGGAUAUGUGCUAAGCAAAGAAGCCUUGAAGAGAUUUAUCGAUGCAUUUAAGACAGAAAAAUGCACACAUAGUUCUUCCAUUGAAGACCUAGCACUGGGAAAAUGCAUGGAGGUUAUGAAUGUAGAAGCCGGAGAUUCCAGAGAUGCCACUGGGAAAGAAACUUUUCAUCCCUUUGUGCCAGAGCACCACUUAGUCAAAGGUUAUCUACCCAAAACUUUCUGGUACUGGAAUUACAACUAUUAUCCUUCGGUAGAGGGUCCUGGUUGCUGUUCUGAUCUGGCAGUUUCUUUUCACUAUGUUGAUUCUACAACAAUGUAUGAAUUAGAGUACCUCGUUUACCAUCUUCGUGCGUAUGGUUAUCUGUAUAGAUACCAACCUGCCUUACCUGAGAACACGCUGAAGGAAGUAAAUCAGGUGAACAGAAAUGAAGAUCCAAAAGUAAAACUAGGAAACCCUUGAAAGGAAAGCAAACGAGCCACAGUAAAAUGUCUGGCAUUGCACUGAAGAAGGGCUUCUGCAUCUCCGACACAGACCCCUGAGAUCCAGUGACAUUCCAUACAGAAAUCUCUCAGAUGAGUGACUGUAAACUGAAGCUUUAAAUGAGCUGUGAAAUGUGUUAAAUGUGUUUUGAUACAGUAAUAUAUAAAUCUAUAUAAGAACUUGUUUUUGAAGUGGUGGCGAGUAGAGCUAGUAAAAGAGAUUUUGUUACCUGUUCUGACCAUGUGUAUUACUGUCACUGAGAAACUGAAAACUAAACCAGUUAAAUUUGCUGAAACUGCACUGUACCACAUUAGUAACACAAUGCUAAACAGAUCUGCCUUAAAAUUUUAGAGGGAAAUAUUGUUGCUUAGCAUUGUUUAUAAAUUCAUUUGCAGUAUGAUAUAAAUGAACCACUUCUCCCUACACAGUUGUCUAAUGAAACGUUUGCUGUGAUUAUUUAUAAUUAGCGAUAUUUCUUAAAGAAGAUAGAAAAAGAAUGGCACUGAUCUUAAAGUGCAUUAAUAAAACUACAUUUUGAAAUUAUCAUGGGCCUCGAUAUAUUUGGUUCUAAUUAUUCUUUCACUGAAUCUCUUGUUCUUUUCUAACCACUCUUGAAUACCAUUCUCCACUAUUAAUAUUUAUUAAAGCAUUAAUAUUCUGUACACAAGCAUUUUAAAAUACUCUGUUGCAAAAUUUACCCAUUGUUAAUUAUGGGUAAUAGUAAGUUUAAUGCUAUUUUGGAAUGCUGUUCUUAUACCAAUGCCACUAUAGGAAUUUCUCCUUCCACCUACAUAAUUAUUCUUUUCAUUCUCAUCCUUUUGAGAAAUGAGAACUUGCUUGUGCCUUUCAUAACUUAGUUAAAACUUUUAACAUUCAUGUUUAGGUCUGAGGUGGCUGUUACACUGGCAAAAUAUUUUGAAUUAACAUUUUGACCAGAGUUAAUUAAAUGCAUUGGAAAAUACAGUGUUUAAAUAAACUAAAAUACGUUAAAAGACCUAAUAAUUUAUGAGCCGCAACCUGAAGUUGGAUGUUAAUUUGUUAUUUUGGAAAAAUGGUCUUGCCGGUGGAUCAUUCUGACACCGCAGAAUACCUAUUUAAGCAUACCAUCAAAACAUAGUUCUAAAUGUUUCAUCUUAAUUUAAUCAUUCUGUUUGCAAAGAAAGAAAAUUUUCAACUUCUUUUGUCUUUAGCAAUACUGAGUGUGUAGCAAUAUUUUGCAGAUGUUUUGUAAGAUUAUUUUCAAUAUUGUAUGAUUUUCAUUAUGCUAGUUUUACCUCGUUGUCAUACCAUUGAUUCCAUUGCUUGGCUAAAUAAUUUAUAUUUAUUGUGCCAAAACAUAUCAUGACCUCUUUGUACAGUAUAUUUUAGAGAAUGUAAUUUCAGUGACUGACUAUGGAUUACUCUUUGACAUAGUAAAAAACACACACCAACUUUCACCUAUUAUUAUUUUGAUGAUGAUAUCUACAAAAUUUCAAGACAUUCAUUCUGCUCAUUGAACAACCUUUGACUGUAGUGUGGAUAUGAAUUUGUGGUCCAUAUACACUAUUCUUUAUUAGAAGUGUAGUUUUAUCAUAAACCUAAACCCUUAAAAUUGACCCAUAGGAAAUGAAUGCUGCAAUGAUCGUGGACUUCAGAGUCAGACUGCCAGGCUUUAAAUUUUUGCUCCAUCACUUACUAUUUUUGUAACAUUGAGCAAUUUAGUCUCUGUGCCUCAGUUUCCUCAUCUGUAAAGUAGGGAUAAUACUAGUACCUACCUCAUAGGAUUUUUAUGAGGAUUAAUAAAUCUAUGUAAGGCUCUUAAAGCACUGUCUAGCCCAGCAUAGGGAGCAAUAAAGUAUAAAGUUUUAUUAUUCUGCUAUCCUGGAGUGUAAAUGUUUUAUUUAAAUGAGUAAAAUGAUUAAAUCAAGUAGUGAAAGGUUUUUGUAUCUUUCUUAUAGUAUUUAUCUAGUACCUACUGUAUACCAGGUACUGUGCUUAUUCUAUGUACAGUAGUGUUAAUCCUCACUAAUUGAGUAUUAUUCUCAUAUUUUAGAUGAGGAAACUGGGGACCCAGGAAUUUGAGUUAACUUUUGCACUGUUACAAAGCUAGUAAGUAACAGAACUAGAAUUCGUACUCAAACGCUAUGUAUUCAUUUGUGUUGGUCAGCCUUGGGGUCAUUUAGUAGUAUUCUCAUUUGCACGUAUAUGAUACGUGACAUCUGGUACAUUGGCCAGUAAACAGUCAAAUAAACCAGCCAGAUUGAUACGCUGAUACUUAAAUUGUGGUUCUCUCACUCUUGCCUGGGAGUGUAUUUAAAUGGAGAUCUCAAGACCCCAGUCCCAGAGAUUCUGAUUGUAGCUUGGGCCUAAGACUAUACAUUCUUAUCAGAUACCACACAAUAGUCAAACAGUGGUCCCAACAAGCACUUGGAAAUGCCUUAGCUCAGAUGUACUAAAUCAGAAACUCCAGGGUGGGCCCACCACCCGUGAUUAAACAAGCCCUACAGAUGAGUCUUAAUUCAUCCUGUGAGAACCAUGAUUAUGGUGCAAAUAGUCUUUGGAACACACUCAGGAUAACUGCCCCAUGGGUAAGGCACUUUUCAGAAACUUAGACAAAGCAUAUUUUAAAUCGUUGUAGUCCAGGAUCACACUAUAUUAAAGGUAAAAUAUUUAAAGAUAAUUUAAAGGGUCAGUGGAUUGUUGGUUGUAGCAAAAUUCUUUAGCUUCUCCAGAGUGACUAAUAUCAGGGCACUGAUACUAAAUCCACAAAAUCUUUAAUUCUCCAAGUUCAGUAAAUUUAAUUGGAUAUAAAGGGUUCAUUAAUUACUAGUAAGUACAUUCAUUAAAAGCAUACAUAAGUAAAUGUCAUCAGAUGUUCACAAAAUGGUUACUAGUAAAUUUUAGAGAUAGCAAAAUGCUAUUUUUAAUAUGCGGUGUUUGACUGUUCUGUAUGAUCUAAUGAAGCAAAAACAUUCUCCAAGUAUUUGACAGAGCACAUGCAAUCAGAUUUCACGAAAACAGUGUUUUAUUCACCAUCUUUUACAUUAAGAUCUUUGUCAUUUAAUUAUUUCAGUGAUACCAGCAUAAAGGCUUUUGAUGUUUUCUGUUCUCUAACAAUACCAUGUUUGUAUUUUCUGGUUAAAAUUUCACACGAAGGUUUUCAUCAAGAUGUAAUUAUUUUCAAAUACCUUAAAUUUCAGAGGAGUUUCUGUCACUGUAAUAAGAUAGAAAAUAAAUCACUGGCCAGUUUUUAAUGGUUUUGAAUAUGGUAAUUGGACUUACACGUUCGAGUUGCUUGCUCGUUUUUCUCUAAUUGUUUCUUCAAGGUUGAUUUUUCAUUCCUUUGAGCCCAUCAAACUGUAUUACCAGGUUGAGGCACUAUUAUACUUGAAAGACUCCCUCAUCUUUUAACAAUUUCUGCUGCUUUAUAUUUAUUGCCCUUUGUUUCCUUAAUAACUAACCUCCCCUUUCUAGCUACGCUUAAUGAUGCCUUCAUAAUGUUAAAUUGGCUGUUAGUAGUGAUGCGGAUUUGUAUUACUUGCUGAUAGUUUUAUACCUACUAACUUUAGGUUUCCCUAUGAGAUUAAAAGUUUAAGAAUAAUUCCUGCUGCCUCUCAGGGUAAUCGCCCUACUUAAAAAUACACAAUUUUAAACUAAUUCUACAUUGUAAUUAUUAAAGGAAGUAAAGUUAUUUGCAUCAUCUGCUUCAUUUCCCUGCCUCUUCGUAAUCGGCCUGACAGAAACAUGCUCAGGAAAUCUAGGAGUCAGCCUGUGGUAUAUCUUAUGCUAAAUAUAACCUCUUGGUUAAAAAUGACUCAUGUUUAUAUAUCAGAGUUGAAAUAGAAAUUAACAAAUUGAAGUCAGAACUUCUGCAAGUACUCUUAGAGAAACAGCCCUAAAAGUAGCUUUAGAGUUGAAGUGUGCUAUAUUUCAACUCUUACUCUUUAGCUCUGUUUCUUUUAGUUAAAUUUGAGUAACUUUGCAGGACCCUACAAUGAAUAAAUCUACAUGAAGUAUGUUAUCAGAGGGAAACUACUCUUACUGCUAAGCAGUGUGUUGUACUAUAGUGAAUAUGUUCUGAGAUUUAAGAAUUAUUUAAAGUCAGUGUCAUGAAUGGUUUAAAAAUAUCUGGUGACUUGCUUAUUUUAAGUGAUCACCAUUAAGUCAGAAAAAUGUAUUUUUAAAUGUUUUUUAAAGUGCCUUUUGAAAAUUUUUAAACAAUGGAUUUAAACUGCAUAAAAUAAAUUACCAUGUUCAAAA